AUGCCCGGCUCCUCUCUCUGGCUCCUCCCCCCACCAACGCACCCUCUCCAUACCCGCCUUAACAGCCUCAUUACCUCCCUUCUACCCACAUACUUACCCCAGGAAUCCUCCUCCUCCCCAGAUGUGGUCCCCCAUUACUUCGCCGCGCACGUAACGCUCACCUCUAACAUCCCGCCGUCCCUCUACGGGAGCGACCCGCAGGGCUGGCUGGAGCGGGCGUUUGCCAUCAAGGCUACCGAACUAGCGAAGGAGGUUUACCCCAGGGUGAGGUUUGAGAAGGUUGAUACGCAGGAUGUGUUCUUUAGGAGGUGUUUUAUUCGGGUCGGCUUUGAGGGAGUUAGGAACCUGGCGGGGUUGGCUAGGGCAGUGGGGGUUCAUGACGAGGGGGACAGUGUGGAGAGGAAUGGGGAGGGGGGAGUCAAGUUUGGGGGAGAGACGGAGAAGUGGUUAGGCGAAUGGAGAGAGGCGUUUGGGCCACAUGUUAGUUUGAUGUACGGCGAUGUCCCCAUUUCCGAGGAGAAUUUGGAGCAAGUUGCCAGGGUCGUUCGCGAAGCAGGCGUCAAGCUGGCUGGUAACCAGGGCAGGACUGAUGGUGACAGGGAAGGCGAAGGUCUAGACGGUUGGGAGGGCGGCGUAGUCUGGCUUGUGCCAACAGACCGCCCGAUUGCAGAGUGGAGGCCCAUCGCGACAUGGACAAUCCCAAGCUAA